CUAUGUGUACCCCGGUUUUGUACACCGGGUGUACACCAAUAAAACGCCACCCCCCCCCCAUAUACCCACACUUUCCCUUCCCCCACCCCAGACUCAUUCUCCUUCUCCCGAUCAAUUUUCACCUUCCACCCAGCUUCUUCGCCGGUCCACUCGUCUCCACGGCGUGCCUCCCCUUCAUUGCCUUUCUCUCGUCUCACAACAACCCAAAACCUUCAGCCUUCAUCACCGUUCAUCUUCCCCAUUACCAGCGUCCGCCAUCUUCGGCUUCCUCCGUCUGCGACGUCGCCGCCCUCCACUUCAAAUCCCCUUUGACAUCGGGGCCUUUGUCUACACACUUCUGCGCUAGGUUACAUAAAUAUUAUAGUUUGAAGAUGAGCUUUUGACGGUGAAAUCAAUGAAGCACAAUCAGAGCAAACAUAUUCGUGCAAGAUGAAGAUGAGCUUUUAGACCUUACUGUGACUUAUUGUAACUACUUUAGAUCCAAAUUUGAAUAUUGUAUAGUACUCCGUAUAAUUGUUAAUAACAAUGCCAUGUAACAGUUUCUUUUAACAUGUAACUUUUUGUUUAGCUUCUCGAGAAUAUUGCAUUUUAAUGUUUGUGAAGGUUAGUCCCUCUUCUCCGUUCUCAUGGCGUCUGCUGAUUCCAAUCCUUCCACCUCCGCUGUCGAUUCAGCGGUGGUUUGCUUUGAGGAAAUGUACCGUCAAGAUCCCUCCCUCCGCCCCGACGGCUUGAUGGGAGGAAUUGACCAUUUUAGGGUUCUGAAUGCGUUGCCUCUCCGUACGUCCGUCACCGUGGCGUCGUCGUCUCAGGCGCCGCUCUCGAAGAAGAAAAAGAAGAAACCAGAAACGGUUCGAAGAAAGAACCCGAAGUCCUUACCCGUUACCGCACUGGAAACGGGUCCGAUUACGAAUACGGGUUGUCUCCUGUUGGAUAUUGAUUUUGACGAGGUGCAACGCUUCGUGGGGGAUAGCUACGUGGUGCGCCGACCGCACACAACUAACCAUGUCUUCUCAGUGACUUGCCCCGAUGCCGAGGUCGGGGUGCAUGUGGCGUCCAUGCGCUACGGCCUUCGCUUUCCUCCUCACGAUCUAAUAGUCCAAUUUCUGAACUUCUACAAUCUUCUGCCGGGCCAGCUCAGUCCCCACUCCUACUACUGUUUUUCAAUCUUCCUGAUCAAGUGUCACCAGAGGGGAGUCCCCUGGUCUUUAGAUUUGUUCCGCUAUAUGUUCAAGAUUUCCAAAGUUGGGGCUCUUGAAGGAAAUUCGUAUGCCGUCGUUUCUUCCCAGGCCGAUUGUGGCAUGGCCGUCUUUCCCUCAUCCCUGAAACUCUGGAAGGCCAAGUUUGUCUUCGUUUCUGGUUUUCCUGAGGACCGGCAUCCCUUUCACGCCAGGUUUCCUGAAUGUCAUACAUUCAUUCGUCAUCCUCGUCCUGCGGCCACUCCCGAGCUUCAGGCACAUGCGCAAAAACUGUUGGAAGACUGUCGACCUAAACCGCCUCACAUGUACACGGCCGUGCUCGGGAGUCGCCCUAGGCGUGGGCUUGAGGAGAAUGCCCCGAGGUCGGAAGAUACAGAGUCGGGGAAUGACGAAAGGGAAGAUAGCGGGGAGGCUGGAAACGAUGAAGAAUCAUGGCAGCCAUCCUGCUCCGAGGGGGUUGCUGGGGAUAUGAAUCCGGUAGAGGUCAUUCGCAAGGCCAGACUGUUGGCUCAAAAACGAGACCGAGGGGCGGAGGUCCAACAAGGAUCUCCUCCCGUGGGCGCAACUGGUUCUGUUGCCUCGGCCCGGACUCAGGAAGAGGCUCCGGCUCGGAAUCAGAGAAAAAGGAAACUCAUCCAGGUUGAGGACGAGGAAACUGCGUCCGAAGAGAACAUGGUUUCGACCCGGAGUCCAACGGGUAAACGUCCAGGCUGUCUUCGAGGUGGAAAGAGUUCCACUUCCCCCGACAAGGCCGACGGGGAUGUGCAGGCUGAGGCCGAGGCUGCUUCCCUUUCCACGACGCUCAAAGAUGAGGGCGAGAUUCUUUCGUCCUUGCAGGGGCUUAUGGACAACUUCCAUAAACAGGUGUCGGUGAAAUUGAGCCUGAUCACUGAGCGUCGAGCCGGGGCCGAGUUCUCUUCUUCCCUGAACUUCUUGGCGUCGGUGGAAACCGAGUUGUCCCGCCUACGAGAGUUGGCGGAGACCGAGCGCGAACGAGCCGCCGAGCUUGAAAUGCAAGCCGUGGCGAAGUCUGAGGAGGUGAUCCGGGUGCAGGGCCUCUUGAAAGAGUCGGAGGACUCAGCCUCCCAACUGACGGCUUCAAUGGCCGAGCUCGAGGGGCAACUGCGCCAGUCUGAGGGCCGAAUCUCCGAGCUGGAUGUUGAGCUGGCCGAAGCUGUCUCCGCGCAGCGGUCAGUGGAAGUGGAGCGGGAUCGGCUUCUCGUCGAGAAGGAACAACUCGUUGCUGAGAAGGAGCGUGCCAUCUCCGAUUUCCUUCAGUCCCCAUCUUUCAAAGAAACCUGCCUGGGGAGGAUGUCCGCCUACUAUGAAGAUUGGCUCAAAACCGAGGCCGGCACUGAGGAAAUGGCGGCGGAGGGGACGAAGUGGUUCGAGGGUGGAGUUCAUCAUGGGAUUAAUCUCGUCCUUCGUCGGACCAGGAGAGUAGACCCGUCCUUUCCUCCGCCCGGGGUUGACAUUCCCCAGAUGCAUGAUCCCAACUUGAAUGACGAGCUCGGGGAGAAUCCGGAUUACCUUGGGACGCCCGAGCACGAAGAAAAGGAUCUUCCCCACGCAAACAGACCUAACCACUGGACCGUCGCGCUGUGCCAAACACGUGUCACUGCGCACAGUUCCACUUCCAAUCACUACGACUGUUUGACUUCCUUAUCUCUUCGUGCAUGGUACUAUAAAUUGACCUUCUCCCUGCAUUGCGAAAUUCAUCCCUUCAUCCCUCUUGUUAAUCUUUUCAUGGCUUCCAAUAAUUCCGCGAGGAUAAAUCCUCCGCCUUCCCCGCCGAAAACCACUCGCCGCCGCUCUCCUCCUCAGCCGGAUGACGCCGAGUCUCGCACAAACUCUUGGUGGUACCGCGCUAAGAAGUUGGAAAGGCGGAUCAAACGUCUGCAAAGACUUGUGAAUUAUCUUCACGGAGUUCCUCAACAAGCAGCGUUCCCAGUUGAGCCUGCUCAGCCAGUUGCUGAUGCCAUUCCCGUGGGUGACAAUCACCCGGAAGAGUCUGUCGGCUCUUCCUAAGUUUCCCUAUUAUGGCCCUCCCCUGUAUAUCUCCCCAUGGAGGUUUGCCGAAUUGGGGGGGCCAUCCACGUCCUUCGGCGCCUGGGCUUUGUUAGUCCU